AGUUCAAUAUGAGAAAAUUAAAUCUCGGAAAGCUACGUUGUUCCACACAAUCAGCCGCCAAAAACCAGUCUCUGAGUGGCUCAUCAGCAAGAGAUCAGUCACAGACUACGAUUUCCAGUUUUUUCAUCACCAAACAUUGCCCGGUGAACGAUCCUUCCUCCAGUGAAACCGGCAGGACAACAGCUGAUGGAAAUAAGCUCACAAAGGGUGCUAAGAGGUGUGCCAGUAAUAUAUCUCACAGUGAAGACAAGAACAAUCCAAGCACACAUUCAAAAAGGCAAAGAAUAUGUCUAAAUCAGUCCAUAAAGGAAGAUGGAAUAGUUGAAGAUCAUGUCACACUGAACAAUAAGGAAGUACUGAGUAGUUCUACAAUGGCCAAAUUGAACUGCUUUAGAAAAGAUUCAAUCAUGACUAAUUUGCAAGUUGACAAAAAGCUGAGAAAUCUGCCAGUCACAGAAAUAUAUGGAGACAGAAUUGAGCCAGACAAAGAUCAUAAAAACAAGAGCAAUGGUGGAGCUAUCUAUGACAAGGAUGACGAUGGUUCAGAACCAAUGGAUUUUGAUGAAAGAGUUCAUCAGGAAAACUUAAAUAUCACUAAAUUUGCUUGUACAUCACGUCCAUCUGGAAGACCAAUUCAGAACAUCAAAAAUGUAGCAGAAAAGAAUGAAACAGAAAGAUAUAAACCUGUCAACUUAAGGACUAAAUCCACAUAUACACCUUUAGAACUUCAGUUUCUUGAAGUUAAAUCCAAGUAUCCUGAUGUCAUUUUACUUGUGGAGUGUGGCUAUAGAUACAGAUUCUUUGGAGAGGAUUCUGAGAUUGCUGCUAAGGAACUGAAUAUCACAUGCCAUUGGGAUCAUAAUUUUAAGACAGCAAGUAUUCCUACCCACAGACUUCAUGUUCAUGUCAAAAGGUUGGUCAGUAAAGGCCAUAAAGUUGGAGUAGUGAAACAAACAGAGACUGCUGCACUAAAGGCUGCUGGAGAAAAUAAGAGUAAAGUAUUCACAAGAGAAUUGGAGGCAUUGUAUACAAAGACCACCCUGGUUGGGGAGGAUAUGAAGACUAUGGAAGAUUUAGAUGAAGCAGAUUCUGUGGAGAUGGGAAGUGGAUAUCUCAUGUGUCUUGUUGAAAGUGAUCCACAGGAUUCUAAAAUAAGCAGUGAUAGAAAGUUGUUUGGAUUGGUGGCAGUUCAACCAUCCACUGGUGAUGUCAUCUAUGAUGACUUUCAAGAUGGGCCAAGCUAUAUGGAGCUGGAGGCACAUUUGGAACACAUCUGCCCUGAAGAAUUACUGCUGCCUGAAUCCCUGACCAUCCAAACAGAGAACUUCAUCAAGGAUUUUGUUACAAGGGUGCAAAGACCAGAGGAUAGUAUAAGACUUGAAAGAAUGCCUGAUCAAUUUUUUGAUCAUUCUACUUCUCUGAAAUGCAUUACUGAAUUUUAUGAGGAACAAAAGCCAGUGAGGAAUGAAGAACUCUGCAAAGUAAACAUUACCCAGGAACUGCAGGAAAACAGUUCAGCAUUGGAAAUAAUCCUCAAGCUUCCCAAAUCAGUUCAGUCUUGCUUUGCUGCACUUGUCAAAUAUCUUAAAGACUUCAGGCUGGAAAAAAUUUUCAGGUUGAUAAGUAACUUUUCAAGAUUUUCUGUACAGAACAAAUUUCUAAAAUUAAAUGGACAAACUCUGAGGAACUUGGAAAUAUUUAAGAAUCAGACAAAUGGUAAUGAAAAGUCGUCACUCUUCUGGAUCAUUAACCACACAACAACUGCAUUUGGGCGAAGGCUUUUAAAGAAAUGGAUUUCACAACCUCUUCGAGAUGUUAGUGAGAUCGAGAAGAGGCUUGACGCCGUGACAGAGUUGUGCGGUCCUAGUGCAUCAUGUUUAGCAUCCUUAAAAGGCCUUUUGUCGCAGCUUCCCGACCUGGAGAGAGGAUUAUGCACCAUUUGCCAUAAAAAGUGCACACCAGCAGAGUUUGUCACAAUAACAAAAUCUCUGGUAAGGAUUGCAAAACACCUUCAGUCAAACAAAGAUGUUGCCACGAGCAAACUUGAAUCUUCACUUCUAAGAAACGUUUUCACUGAGGUGCCAACGUAUUUGGAGGAUGUUGAAGAUUUUCUUCGACUGGUUGAUGAAAAGGCUGCCAAAGACGGUGACAAAACCAAGCUGUUUUGUGAUCUAACGCAGUUCCCCAUGAUAAUGAAAUGUAAUUUGGAAAUUGAGAAGAUUCUGACCGACUUAAGGAACCAUCGUUCAGAGUUUAGACAGGUGUUACGACAUCCAUCUUUGGAUUACUGCUGUGUUUCAGGAAACGAGUUCUUAAUCGAAGUAAGGAACACGAAUUUGAAGACUGUGCCUGCCGACUGGAUAAAAAUAAGCGCUACGAAACAGGUGUCAAGAUUCAGGACACCAUUCGUAGAGGACAAGUUCAAACUUCUUUGCCAGUGGCGAGAACAACUGUCAAUCUGCUGUCAGGAGGCGUGGCUAGAAUUUCUCGCGCUCUUCUCGGAAGCGUGCGCAAGAUACCGGCGUGCCGUAUGUCAUAUCGCCACGCUCGACUGCUUGUUCUCCUUGGCAACCGUGGCCAGUCAGCGAGGUUUUACCAGGCCUGUCGUAAAAGACUGUGAAGCCCAUAUUUACAUUAAACAAGGACGACAUCCAGUGUUGGAUACGCUUCUCUCAGAGAAUGAACAGUUCGUCCCGAAUGAUACGCAAAUGGAUGUCAACAGCAAUCGCUGCAUGAUCAUUACAGGACCAAACAUGGGAGGAAAAAGUUCUUACAUAAAACAAGUUGCUUUGAUUGUUAUUCUCUCCCAGGUCGGCUCUUUUGUACCGGCCGAAGAAGCACGGGUUGGAGUUUUAGAUGCAAUUUUUACCAGGAUGGGUGCCACAGAUAACAUUUACAAAGGACAAAGCACAUUCAUGGUUGAACUUCAGGAAACGUCUGACAUCAUUGCCCAGGCUACUCCUAAGUCACUUGUCAUUCUGGAUGAGCUAGGCCGCGGUACUAGUACCCAUGACGGCACGGCUAUUGCCUAUGCUACAGCUCACCACUUCAUAAGUAAGAUAGCAAGCUUGACUCUGUUUGUAACACACUAUCCGUCUCUUGCGGAGCUGGACGGAUUAUUCCCAAACCAAGUCACCAACAGCCACAUGGCAUUUAUGACAUCAGAAGAGCCAGGCGCCAAACACUGUGACGAUGGUGGGGAAGGCGAAGACAACAAUGUCAUGUCUCCCGUACCGUCAGUUACGUUUCUGUACCACUUGGUGAAUGGAGCGGCCGCGAGAAGCUACGGGUUAAACGUUGCUCGCCUGGCGGGAAUUUCGAAUGAAAUCAUUAACACAGCAGCCGCAAAAUCACGAGAAAUGGAGAAUUUGAUCAUGUCAAGACGAUCCAUCAAAACUAGUUUUCAGGAAAUUUUCUCAAAGUCGCCAACAACGCGCGAAGUUAUCGAGCAGCUGAGGACUGCUUUGCAGAAGAUUUCACCCGAAAUCGUUUAACAUUUAUUUCCUCGUUUUCACGUGCAGCCAAACAAUAGGAUAUUUAAAGAAAGAUGUUUUUCAUCUUGUCACAAGCGUUGGACAAAGAAAAAAUUCUGAGUCCCCAUGAGGAAUCGUACCUCAGACCUUCGGAUUCCGCGCUCCGAUGCCCUACCACUGAGCCACAGAGACUCCACUUUGAGCAAGGUUCAUAUGACACGCGUCCAGCAUACUGCUAGGAUCAGAAAUGUAGAUAGCGUUAUGUUUGUAGAUAGAAAUGAGAGAGA